AUGGAUGGCGCGUCGCGUCUUCCCAUGGAUCUCCUCAUCGCGUCCACCAAAGACCCACUAUUUACCACGAACCCCUGUUCACAGAGGAAUAGUGCCUACACUCUUCGCAAUCAACUGGUCAAGCACACCACAAUCAUGGCCUCUUCGACCCUAAACCCCGACCUUGCGGCAACCCUCUCCUCUCUUGCUCCCGCCCUCGCGCUUCUCGACACACUCCCGGAGCCACAGCGCAGCGCGCUCGAUAAGCAACUGGCCGAGAGGAUGACAGCUCUCCUCGGGCCAGAGGAGUCGUGGAGCGAUGAAGUGAGAGAACUGAUGAAAGGCAUGCGGGAGGCUGUUGAGGGGAGUGAAGAAGAUGACGAGGAGGAUGAGGACGAAGACGAGGAGUGGGAGACUGAAGAGGAAGGCGAAGACGAGGAUGAGCCAGGCGAGGAUGCGGAGGUCGGAGGGGAUACAGAGAGUGCAGAAGAGGAGAAGGGAAAGGGGAAAAUGGAGGAAUGA